ACUCAGGUUGUUUCAUUAUGACUGUGAGACUGCAGACAACAGUAUCUGCUCUUCUCUGUUAAGAAUCUCUCCCAGCAUGGACAAAAUGGAAAAAGUUGGGAUACUACUUUUAUUGCAGAGUUUCUACAUUGCUCAAACUCAGGGGUUUAAUGUGGGGAUAGCAGGUGCUAAAAUCUUCUCAGGUCCUGAGCUCGAGGAGUUCGGUUACACUGUACAACAAUUAAGCAACGAUCAAGGAAAAUGGCUGCUGGUUGGUUCUCCAUGGAGCGGACACCCACAAAAUAGAAAAGGAGAUGUGUACAAGUGUGGGAUUGGUGAUUCUAGAACUAGUUGUGAGAAACUACAUCUUGAAAAGUCUGUCAGCAUAGACGGUGUGCAGAGCAUCAACAUCAACAUGAGUCUGGGUCUGACUCUCACUCCACUAACUAAAAGUAACAGAUUUAUGACAUGUGGUCCUCUAUGGGCUCAGAGCUGUGGCAGUCAGUACUUUUAUCCGGGUGUCUGUGCUGAAGUGACAACGCAGUUUUCUCUCAUGUCAGCCUUCUCCCCUGCCCUUCAAACAUGCGGUGGGCCAAUGGAUGUUGCCAUUGUUUUGGAUGGAUCAAACAGUAUAUACCCUUGGCCUGAUGUCAUAAACUUUCUCAUAAAACUUCUGGAGAAUCUUGAUAUCGGACGUGAUCAAACUCGAGUCAGUAUUGUGCAGUAUUCAAACAAUUUGUCCUUUCAUAAUAAUUUUAGUUCUGACCAAAACAAAGAAAAAGUUAUUUCCAUGGCUUCUGCCAUUCCUCAAAAAACUGGAGACGAAACCCACACUUUUAAAGCAAUUGACAAUGUCAGAAAAGAGGCUUUCCUACCAAAAAAUGGUGGCCGUCCAGGUGCCACUAAGGUGAUGGUAGUAGUAACUGAUGGAGAGUCUUUUGAUGGGUAUAUGGGUCAAGAGGUCAUUGAGAGGUGUAACAAAGAUGGCAUUAUUCGCUUUGGCAUUGCUAUUCUCAAGCAAACUGCCAACAUUGAAAUAUUCAUCAAGGAGAUUGAAUUGAUCGCUAGCACUCCGACAGAGAACUACAUGUUCAAUGUGUCCUCAGAGGAAGCUCUAAUUAAUAUUGCGGGAACUCUUGGUGACAGAAUUUUUAACAUUGAAGGCACCAGCCAAGGACAAGAAUUUCAACUGGAGAUGUCCCAAGUUGGAUUCAGUGCACAUCAAACCAAUAAUGAGGACAUGAUCAUGCUCGGUGCGGUUGGGGCAUAUGGAUGGAGUGGGACCAUCGUCCAUCGAAUUGCUCAGGAAUCCCACAUUUUCCCAAAAAAUGCUUUUGAGAAAAUUCUGGAAGACAGAAACCACAGUUCAUUACUUGGAUACUCGGUCACAACUUUGACUGAUGGAUCAUCUGAGUAUUAUGUGGCUGGUGCUCCUCGCUCCAUUCAUAGAGGACAGGUUAUAGUGUACCUAAUCAACAACCAGAGACAACCUGUCAUUGUAGAUUCACAGCGAGGAGAGCAGAUCGGAUCUUAUUUUGGCAGUGUUCUCUGUCCUGUUGAUGUUGAUUCUGAUGGCGUGACUGAUCUGCUGCUGGUUGGAGCCCCAAUGUUCAUGAGUGAAGAGAAGUUUGAAACUGGGAGAGUCUACCUCUUCUCCAUUACCAAGGGCAUCUUAAGCAACCAGGGCACCUUAGAGGGUUCCUCACCUUUGGAGAAUGCUCGUUUUGGAACGGCCAUCACUGCCAUUUCAGAUUUGAAUCUGGACAGCUUCAUUGAUGCGGUGGUUGGAGCUCCAUUGGAAGGCAAUGGCCAAGGUGCCAUUUAUAUCUACUAUGGAGACAGAAAAAACAUCCGAAAGCAGAUCUCACAGAAAAUACUUGGAUCCAAACUGGACCCGGCUCUCAGGUUCUUUGGGCGUUCUUUAGAUAGCAGUGGAGAUAUGAACGGUGACUCAAUCCCUGAUGUUUCAGUCGGAGGGUUUGGGAAGGUAGUGCAACUCUGGUCAAAGGGAAUUGCAGCUAUCACAACAACGGCCACCUUUAACCCUGAGAAGAUCAGUAUUCUGAGUAAACCCUGUCAGUUCGGUGGAAGGAUGGUGUCCUGUUUCACUGCUAAAGUCUGUUUCAGGUCAUCGUUCAGACCCAAAACAUUAGUGGGACCAGUAGAUAUCAAGUACAAUUUGACCCUGGAUGCUGACCUGCAGUCACCUCGAGACAACUCCAGGGUCCAGUUUGAUAACUCAGAGCAUCUUAUCCAGAAAACUAUCAGUGUCUAUAAGAAGGAAAAGUGUAUAGAUCAUAAUGUCUAUGUGCAGGAAACUCCAGAUUUUCUGAGUCCAGUUGCUUUGCGAGUAGACAUCAGUACACAAAAUCUGGAAGCCGGCCUCGCUCUUGAUGUAUUCCAGCCCAGAUCUUGGACAUUUUUUGUUCCUUUUUUGAAGGACUGUGGCUCUGAUGACAUAUGCAUGAGUGACUUGAAGCUGACUGUGAAGGCUAUUGAUAUACCAAGCUCAUCUUCACUGCUAGUAAGCCAGGACAGAAGAAGACUCACUUUCAUUGUGACUGUAAUGAACAAGAAGGAGAAUGCAUAUAAUACAAGAGUGUCUGCUGACUUCUCCAGUAACCUGUUCUACGCUUCUAUUACACCACCUAGAGAUAACACAGAGGUAAAAUGCACUUCAAAGGCAAACUCGCUCGACUGCCAAGUAGGAUAUCCAACCCUGACACCUAGCCAAACGGUAACAUUUGAGAUCAACUUUGACUUCAAUAUGAAACAUCUACAGAAAAAUGUGGUGGUAAAUUUUGAAGUCCAAAGUGACAGUGAGGAGGAAGUGACAUCAGAUAACAAGGUCUCUGUCUCCAUCCCAGUCCAGUAUGACUCUGAAAUCAUCCUCACCAGAGAGAUGAACUUGGAUUUUACCAUUGUUGGUGCAGAAGACCAAGUUAAAAAUAUUGUCACAGAUUUCGAUGACAUCGGCCCAGAAUUCAACAUAACAUUACGAGUUUCAACUGGAACGUUCACAAUCAAUCAGGCUCAUCUCACUGUUUUACUGCCCACCAGUAGCAAAGCUGGUAAUCCUUUACUAUAUGUGACUUCAGUCAAAACUGUUGGAAAUGUGCACUGUGACACCAGCAGUCUGAUUGAUCCAUUGAAGAUCAGUGAGAAAAUCUACACUGCCAGCUUCACUAAAGAGAGCUUCAGAGGAACAAAGGAACUGAAUUGUAAGGCAGCAAAAUGUGAACCCCUGAAUUGUGUUCUCAAAGACCUGGGGAUGAAGACCAGCUACUUUGUUAACAUAACUGCCCGGAUAUGGAAUGGCACCUUUGCCUUUGCUGAUUUUCAGACAGUUUUAUUGGCUGGAAGUGCUGAGAUAGAAACACCUCAGCCUGAUCUCAUAGUCAUCUCACAUAAACAACAGCAGAUAAAAAUUACAAUAAGUAAAGAAGGAGCAAGUGGGGACAUUCCGAUUGGUAUUAUCAUUGGAAGUGUCAUUGGUGGGCUCCUCCUUUUGGCUCUAGCCACUGUGAUUUUAUGGAAGCUUGGCUUCUUCAAGAGAAAGCAGUUGCUACAGUCUGGGAAUGAACAGAACAAGGCAGAGGAAGAGGGUCUGGUUGAGAAUCCAGCAUGAAUGGGACAGAUUUAAGAUUCUUAUUGUAUACUUGCUUACUGUUAAUUACGUGUACUUCUGAUUGCACAGAUGUGCUGAUAUGGUAAAUUCUUUGAGGUUGCCUCAAAAUGAACAGUGACAUGACUGAUAUUCAGUCUAGAGCCCUUUGAGGGUGAAAUUCUAAUCCCUAACACUGGUGGAUUUGGUUAAAGCUACUGUACAUUUUUCAUGCACUUUACAGGUUGGAUUUCAGAAUUAUAAUUUCACUGUAUAAAAUGUCAUGUUAAUGCUUUAGUCUGACUUUCUAAUUUUUGUGUAGUUGGACUAACAGACCUGCAUAAUGCCAGUGCUUGCCUAAUAUGACACAUAAAUAAAUACAUAUUUUUUAUCCUUUCAUUCUCAAUCACAUUUUUGCCUAUGUAUUUUUAACUGUUUUCCACUCUUAAUUAAUCUAUAAACAAAUAGAAAGAAAUGAAAAGUGUAUCCAGUCAGAAUUUAUUCCUUGAGGCUUACAAGCAAAGUAUGACAUCUGUUUCACAAAUCGCAUGUCCAAAGCAGUGCGUGAGUUUGAGCUCCACCCCCUCAGGCCUUCACAAUUUCCACAGAAUCCCUCAACAGUGCAAAUGAAUGGGCAACAAAUGUCAGAUUGUCAGAUUCAACAGCCAAUCAGAUUGAUUGAUUUGUUAUUGGUGGGUGUGGCCUUUAGGAUAUGUUCCGGUCAAGGCCUUCUAUCUGGCCUUGAGUGACGCAAUCAUGCUUUAAAUGACAUGUGUAAUUUGAAAGCGAAGAGCACAAGAUUUUGCUGCCAGUCGUCUGCCAUCACUGCCGCUAUCGCCAUUGAGGAAGAGAUCCUUAUGGAUUUAAAAACCUAGAUGUUCUGCAUGUGAUUGUGUGAUUUAUUAAACAGGAAUUUUUGCAUUGUUAUAGCAACAUCAGGAGUUUUCGAAGUGUAAAUUAGGCUGCUUGAGCAUUAAGUGUCAUUUCUAGUUUUGGCUUUCAUGCGUGGGCGUGCCUUUAUAAUGUCAAUUGGUAUUAUUAUUUAGUAUUUAUAAUGUAUGAUGGCCAAAGACAAGGGGUGUCUAAUUCAUUGUGAAACUGUGUUUUCUUAAUGGCAUGAAUCACACUGAAGGCGUUGACUUUUAAUGCAAUUGUAUUUUGAUUCUCAUUGAAUUCUACUGUAUUUGUAUUUGUUCUUGUUGGAGUCAUGCAAACCAGUGGAUGAGGUUCUGCUUUUAUCUGUGGAAGGAUACGAGGAACUCAGAUCUUAUAAGCUCAUUAUGUGUAUAUGUGUGUUAAAACCAACAGAGCAUAUUUAAUAAAAAGCCUAC